AUGUUGCGCAAGCUAUAUGAUGAAGAAGAUAUAGAGGAAGAGAAAAUUGAAAAAGAUGAGGAAGAAGAUUCCGGUCCCAUCAACGACACCGAUGGAGAAGGGGAAUUUUGUGAAAGAAUAAAUUUCUUGGUUGAAGAGGAAUUUAUUGAAGAAAUUGAAGAAGGAACUAAUUUUGUGAUCGGAGAUGAAAUUGUUGAGGCAAUUGUGGAAGAAAUCAAUUUUGCUGAUAUGCACAAAACUGUUGAAGAAAUGGUGAUUUUUGUUGAACAACUAAAAUCAUUCCAAGAGCUCAAAACCUUGAGAACCAAUGACUAUAAGUGCCACAAAAAUUCAGGCCUUUGUGACAAGAAGAAGUACGGUGAGAGGUUGGAUUUUGCUAAUUAUGAUCUUGAUAGUGAUGUUUUUGUUUUGUCUUCGUUAAUUGAUCAAAAGGAGAAAAAAGACAUGCAUAUUACUUUUGAUAAAAAGUUUUGUGCAAUUAGAGAUGUAGACUUUUCACUCAAGACUCAAAAACAGCAAGACCAAUUAUUUUUAGAUGAUGGCAGAAUUUUGUAUACUCCAAAAGGCGAUAUGAUGAUUUCCAAAACAAGAUGUGUUCAUGGUGGUAGCAAUCAGUCACGAAAAUAG